AUGCCAGGCUUUGAACCUGACGGUGGAUCAGAAGAAGACACUGCUGCCAUGGAAGAAGAAAAGAACGAGACAGAAAAGAAGAAGGGGUCAUUUGGAAUGCUUCGGGAAGCCACUCUGUUGGCUGAUUUUCAGGAGUUUGUGUCAAAGACUCUUUUUGCCCAUUAUUCUGCUCCAGAAAGCAAGCUUAGCAACCAACAAAUCAACAGCCAGACAUGCCCAUCUAAACUUCCACCUCAAGUAUCUCAGGAAGGGCUGAGGAAUUACAUCCACUCCCGUCUCAACAACAAUUUGGAUCCUAGUUUUCAAACAGAAGACAAUGGAGAAUCUGUCAACUUUGAGUAUGAUGAUGACCACGAGGAGGCCGAAUCGUCAGAACUUUCCAUAGAGUCAGAAGCGAGGAACAAUCGGAAUGGGUCCUUUGUAAUGGAUCUUGAUGUAGGAUCCCAGUAUAGGGCUAACUACCUUCCUAAUGAUAUUACAUUGCCAACUAUUAAUUUUGAAGUGGAUGAUCCACAUGCCCCCCAACAACCUGGUGACAACAUCCCCAACAUCCCCAAUCCUGAUUCUUCCAACUACCUAUUGGACCGACUGAAACAAGAAGAGUACAACCGGGAAUUCAUGCCACCAUCUAUCAGCACCAAAAUGGAAGAUGACCUUCACCUCCUUCGUCUCGCAAGGAAACACGGAUGGUCAGCCUCCUCUGUUUCUGACAUUCAAGCAUGGGCCCACAAAGCGACCAAGACAGAGCCUAAUCUUUUUCUGUCCGACCCAACCACUCGGUCUGAAUUGUUUACUCAGUUUUGA